AUGCCGUUUGCGCAGCUCGUACUCGGCAGCCCCGGCGCGGGCAAGAGCACAUAUUGCGAUGGCAUGCAUCAGUUUAUGGGCGCUAUCGGCCGACAGUGCUCGGUCGUGAACCUAGACCCCGCGAACGAUCAGACAAGCUACCCGUGCGCACUUGACAUCCGCAGCCUGGUCACGCUGGAGGAGAUCAUGGCCGACGACAAGCUGGGUCCCAACGGCGGGGUGCUCUAUGCCAUUGAGGAGCUGGAGAACAACAUGGCCUGGCUGGAGGAGGGCCUCAAAGAGCUGGGCGAGGAUUACGUCAUUUUCGACUGCCCGGGCCAGGUCGAGCUCUACACGCACCACAACAGCCUACGGAACAUCUUCUACAAGCUCCAGAAGCUUGGAUAUCGGCUUGUCGUCGUACAUCUCUCCGACAGCUUUUGCUUGACGCAACCGUCACUGUACAUCUCAAAUCUCCUCUUGUCUCUGCGCGCCAUGCUGCAGAUGGACCUCCCACACAUCAACAUCCUCACGAAAAUCGACAAGAUCUCGUCGUACGACCCGCUCCCAUUUAACCUCGACUACUACACAGAGGUGCAGGAUCUUUCGUACCUGGAGCCUUCGCUGGAGGCCGAGUCGCCGGCGCUGCGGAGUGAGAAGUGGAGCCGGCUGAACCGAGCGGUGGCAGAGAUGAUUGAGGGGUUCGGGCUGGUGCGCUUCGAGGUGCUCGCGGUGGAGAAUAAGAAAAGCAUGAUGCACAUCUUGCGCAUGAUCGACCGGGCCGGCGGCUAUGUGUUUGGAGGUGCCGAGGGUGCCAAUGACACGGUGUGGCAGGUGGCAAUGCGCAACGAAUCGUCGAUGCCGGAGGCGGUGGACAUCCAGGAGCGAUGGGUCGACAACAAAGAGGAGUAUGACAGGCUGGAGCAGGAGGAGUGGGAGGCGCAGGAGAGGCUGCGCGAGGGCGACGAGGCUGCUGUCCGGGACAUCGACAGAGCCGAGCCAACAGCACCCCCAACAGCAGUAUACGACGACGACGCCAUGUUCGACGACGACCUACCCAGGCCCCCGGCCGAUGCCAGCGGUGGCGUCAAGGUUGUGAGGAGGAGCAACAAGGUCGAUCAGAAGUAG